GGUGAGUAAAAUGACGCAUGCGUACUCCUCUGUCCACUGCUACUACCGCGGAAAAGGUAAACAAAACCAAUGUGAGGUAAUAUGGCGGAUGAACCAGCGCUUCCGAGUCUUUAUCCCCCUGCUAAAAAGGUCAAGUCCGAAGUAUGGAAAUAUUUCGGAUAUCGGAAAAAUGCACAAGGAUCGAUAGUCGAGGACGGGUUUCCUAUUUGUAAAGAAUGUGGCAAGGAAGUAGCUGCGAAACGUGGAAACACCUCCAACAUGUUUACCCAUUUGCGCCACAAUCACUUACUGCAAUUUAGCGAAUUACUGAAACCGCUAUUAAACAGGGAAAAAGCAGCUCGGCACAGAGCAAGAAUAAACGCAAAUCCCAUCUCCAGAGCCAGAUACCUUGCAAGAAGAAGAGAGAGUUAUGAACAAAGAAAGCGAGAGGGAAAGAUAAAACAUUCACCAAUAGCAAAACUUUCUAUGACAAGACAGCAAGAAAUGAGGCAGAACUGGAGACGAUACAAGAAAGUUCAAAGGGAGAAGAUUCGAACUAUAACAUCACAGUCCUGUGGCCAUAUUGAGGUGAACUCUCAAUGUCAGCAGGAAUCUGUUAUAAACUCAGCCAGCAGUGAGACGGACUGCAGCUCUGCGACACACGAGAGUCCUGUGAGCAGCUGGAUGAAACAAGAACCAAAAAAUGAAAUAAUCGAGUGGGAAAACAUGAACUUUGAAGUCCACACUGAUGCUGAACAGGACAUCACAUUGAGCAAUGCCAUCUCCACGACGACUCCGGUGGAGAGUUUACUCACCAGUGAGAUGCUGACCAUGACCAAACAGCAAUGUUUGCUGGAAUGCAAUAAGGUGAAAAUUGAGGCCCUAGAGAAACAGGUGCAGGAUCUGCAGGAAGAUCGCAUGUUCCUCCGUACACAGAUUGAAAACCUCACCAGCGUUCUUUCUGCUUACGUCCGUGACGGUGUGAAUAAAAAUCAAGAAACGUGAAGGGACAAGAAAGAACUUAUUCGCUGGUUUCUAUCUAAAACAAAGUGUGACUAUGUGCUGUCUGCUUCAAAGAGAACAUGAAUAGACCUUUUUUGGCAAAGUCUGACUAAAACUCACAGAACAACUUUUUAUGGAUGAGUCCCUCAUUCCCAGGUUAAUGAGAAGGUUAUAUCAUAAAGAACCUUAUUUGGGACAACUUUCCUGUUUGUUGGCCUCUGAUGUCCUCACUGUUACCUAUAUGGCAAAAUCAAGAACACCAUCCCAUCAACACUGACCCCAUCACAAAUCUGCACCAUAGCUAUAGAGACUGUGAGGAAAUAUUGAUCAGCCUUCACUAUUGAAGCAGAUUUUGUCUUCUGGUGAAAUGCUACUGUACAGUACUGCUAUCAAAGUAAGAACAUUGUCAAUAGAGAGACAUUAGAGGAUGCUGUGGUACCUCUGCUGAUUGAAUAGGGCUGUUGUGUGACUUUCAGACCCUGAAAGAAAUAUUUUUCACAUUACAGUGUUAUGUAGUGCGCUUGUUUUUAUGAUGUUCUGUUUAUCUUUGCUCUUACUGUUUUUGCCAUAUCAUUUUCUGUGCAUUCAGUUGCAGUGAUUUAUGUGUAAAACUAGAUGUAUGACACCAUUUACGCCACUGAUAAUGAAAUACUAAAAAAAGUAAAUGUUGGGUGUUUUAACUUUUUGGGCACAAUUGCUUUUUUCUUUGUUUUCUGGUGAAUUGCUUUUAAGCCUAUAUUUUUACACACGUUACAAAUGUGCCAUAGAGACCUGUAUUGGCAUAAGGCAUUUAUAUAUUAUACAAAUAUCAUAAAUAAGUAGAGAGAAAAGGCAAGGAAGGUUAAGGAUAAAAUAUAAAAAUAAGGUUACUGGUUAUGUAAAAAAAUAAAUGAAUGCAAAGAAUAGCUAGAUAUUAGCUCACUCACCUCCUUUCAUGUUGCAUAUAACUUAAAGAAAUAAAGCUUUAAUUUAGGUUGUGCUUAUUUCAAAUAACUAUGUGGUUAUUAAACAUCUAAUUUGUAAACAAAAUAGCUACAAUAAAUAUGCUGCCAUACAGUAUGUCUAUCUAUGUAACUGGCUAUAAAAGACAUUAAACUCUA